AUGAAAGCUUUCAUUUGCAGCGCUUGGCUGAAGCCAACAGAACAUGAAGUUGUGGAGCGUGUCAAUAGACGUCUUGAUUUGGCAACCAACCUUGAAAUGGAAACUGCCGAAGAACUUCAGGUAGGUCCAGCCCGAAAUUUCGUAGAUUUACCAAUCUGUGCGUUUGUUGAUAACAAUUUUAAGACUCAAAUCCGUCUACUUGAAUUUUGGUCUCGGUAUUCAUACUCGAGAGUUUCGAAUCAACUGUUCUCAAAGUCCUAUUUUCACUUUUUUUACCAAAUCACUUAA